AUGUUUAACGACCUGCUACUCGAAUUCCCGUUUUAUCCUGACGAGAAUUGGAAGUGGGACCGAGACGAUCUCUCGCCAGAGAAGAAGAUCCCAUUCACCCUAUACAAACAUGUCAGCAUCCGCAUUGUCAACAAUGAGAAUGAGAUUGCCAUCAUCCGUGUCGUAGAUCUACUCGUUAACGACGAUCAGCCGCAACUGGGCGAUAUGAGCGAUCUGGAUCCCGAUAAAGUCGAUCUCACCAGGUUCGCGGCGGUCCUUAGGCGGAAGAAGAAGUCAUUCAAAUACCCCGCCAACGGCCUCAUUACUUUCAAGCACACCUUUGAUUUGGAAUCAACAGAUUGCGAUCACGAAGAGUGGGCAGCUCGCAUACGCAUUGAGACUAUUGCGUACACGGGGAAAGAGCAAGAUUGA